CAACAUAGCAGGUACAGAAGUCGCUGGACAUCAUCUCGGCAUAGCGUUAUCCCUGUUUUGCAUACCUGGCCGUUUUGCAAAACAAAGUUGAACAGCUUGCUGGUUAACUGAAGCUAAGCCAAAGACGCAACCACGACGAGUUAGUUAAAAUAACGAACUAUCUUCGUAAAUAACUAAUCAAGGAGCUGUCUCUAGCUAACGUUAUAGCACUGGCACUCACUGUCAGAGUAGUAUGUUAGCUGUUAACCAAGUAAAUACUAACUCAACAAGCCAUGACGAAAGCGACAGAUUUCAACACAAGCUAGCAACCUAUUUAGUUACCUAACUAGCCUAUAGGCGUCGUUAUAUUGAACAACACCGCUCGCUACGCUAAAGUAAUCACUUUGCAAUCGCUGACUACGCGGUGGGUUCACUCACCCCUCUUGGUCAUCUCCGGUUCCGAAUAACUUUUCUUUCUUUUCGGUUUUCGGUUCCGGUUGACAUUGACAUGUCACGUGACGCAAACAGGAACUCGGGCGCAAGAUUUUGAACUUCCUUUAGCAAGCUACAUGUGAGCGAUGAGUGGGGUCGAACAGCUACAGCGAAUAUUGUUUUCCACAUUUUUAAACUAAAUUAUAAUGUUAAAACCCAUUUGUACCUGACGCUGAAUAUUACCCGGCGCUAUAACUCGCUUGUUCAGUGAUGGGGGGUAAUCAUAAGAUUACCAGUGUGAUUGCUGAAAUAUUUUUCAACCCCAGGGGCGUUGAUGAAGAUAAGACGAUUCAUUGCUUAUGUUCAAGAGCCUUUGCACAGGAUAGAGAGUGGUACCGUUGGGGCUGGAAGACGCGCUCUGUGGACCCAGAGGCCGCGGAGGAUGAUGGGGAAGGUAUUGAAGGAGAGGAAGAGCGGGGACAGUGGCAGCAGCAGGAGGAGGAAGAGGAGAGGGCGUGGGAGGAAGAGGAGGAGGACAUUGAUGAGGAGGCCUCGCUCAUGGUCAGCAUGGGUCUGCCCCUGGCCUUCUCCAGCUCAUCACAGAGGAAGCGGGAGCGGAAACCUCACCACAGACAGAACGGCGUGAGGGGGAGGAGGUGUGGCUCUCACUGGGAGGAGGAGCCCGAGGCCCCGCCCACUCAGGAGGUCCUGUGUGAUGGACAGGCUCAGGCGUUGGGACCGGGGCCGGAGGAAGGACACGCCCCCAGGGGUCAGGAGGGCCCGUGUGACGGACAGGGCACUGAGACGGCGGAGGAGGGGCAGGAGGAGGCGGGGCAGGAGGAGGGACUCGCCCCGGGAGCGUCUCAGGGCUGGGAUCUCUACUGGGCCCAGCAGGGCAGCUCUCUCCUCUGGCAGGCCUGGCUGGAGACGCACCCGCAGUACUGCAGUGACCAGCAGGGGGCGCCCUGGGACAGCCCGGACAGCAGCAGCGAAUGGGAGCUCCACUACAGCCAGACCUACCAGCGCUACUGGGAGGAGUACCGCUACUGGUGCGGUCAGGGCUGGACCGUGGCCGACGGCCAGGAGGAGGAGGAGGAGGCGGGGCCAGGGCCGCUGGACACGCCCUCCGGGGACUCUGCGAUUGGAGGAGCCCCACGGGCAGAGGAGGAAGCGGCAGAUCUCAUUGGACAGCUGAGCCUGCAUAGCUCGGGGGGACGUGAGGCGACUGGCCGUUGUCGCGGUGACGGGCGGGGCGAGGAGCCCUGUUGCCACGGCGACGAGCCGUGCGACGGCGGCAACCGUAAACGGACGUCCUCCGGCCGGACGAGCUCCGGCCCAACCGAAUCCAGCCAGGGUUCCAGCAGCUUAGCAAGAGCACCUGGCCAGCUGGAGAAUGCCACUUCGAACAAUCGCAACAACAGCGACGACGAUGAUGAAGAUGAUGACGGCCCUCCAGACAAAAUCGGAGUGAAGAUCAAGAGGAGUCACGAGCUGGACGAGGAGGAGAGCCCACACACGCGUGUGCAGGAGGCCUGGAGCCGGCUGGGCCUAAAACACGGACCCAAUCCAGCGUUUGAGAGCACCUUGAAGUUUAAAAGGGGCGGGGCAGGUCGGAGCCGAAAACCACAGAACAAGCACAUCUUUUUCACAGAGGAGGCAGACGCCACCGAGCCCCAGACCAGCGAGCCCCAGACCAGCAAAACCCUCCGCCAGGUGCGGAGCUUCUUGAAUCGCGUUCAGAGUGACGGGGGGGAGCUGGGGGCGUCAGCCGGGGUGGUGCGUGAGGAAGAUGAGAAGAAGAGUGAGGAAGAACAGGAUGAAGACGCGGGUCAGAGGCCUGAGGAAGAGGAGGGGGAGGAUGAUGAGGAAGAGCGACACGCGGAAGCUGAAACCUUUGCCGCGCCCUCUGAAGCCCCGCCCCCCCAGCGCCCUUUCCUGAGGACAGACAGUGAUGGGGAGGACGACGCCCACGGGAGGGAACUGCAGUCACUGGACGUCCCAGACUACCUUCUGCCCGACGCACCCAAUGAGCAGGGCAAGGCUUCCUGCUGUAAGAAGAAGGCGAAGAACAGGAAGAAGAAGAAGAAGAAUCAGAGGAAAGAUGUGGAGGUUCCGCCCGAGAUCGCCGCAGAACCGGACCUGGCCAAGUACUGGGUCCAGCGGUACCGCCUGUUCUCCCGAUUCGACGACGGCAUCAAACUGGACCACGAGGGCUGGUUCUCGGUGACUCCGGAGAAGAUCGCGCACCACAUCGCCCUGCGGGUGCAGCAGAGCGGCCCCUCUGACAUCAUCGUCGAUGCGUUCUGCGGCGUGGGAGGGAAUGCCAUCCAGUUCGCCCUCACCGGGAAGAGAGUGAUAGCCGUAGACAUUGACCCUGUGCGGCUGGCCCUGGCUCAGCACAACGCGGGCGUGUACGGGGUGUCCGAGCGCAUCGACUUCCUGCAGGGAGACUUCCUGCAGCUGGCCCCCCGCCUGAGGGCCGACGUGGUGUUCCUCAGCCCCCCCUGGGGCGGGCCGGACUACCUCAGCGCUGACGUCUUCGACAUCCAGACCAUGAUGUGUCCCGAUGGUUUUGAAAUUUUCAGACUCGCCAAGCUUAUUUCGGAAAACAUUGUGUACUUCCUCCCCCGGAAUGCUGAUGUGGAUCAAAUCGCCUCCCUGGCGGGACCCGGAGGAAGGGUAGAAGUCGAGCAGAACUUCCUCAACAGAAAGUUAAAGACCAUAACGGCGUACUUCGGCAAUUUGAUUCAGUCUGACUCUUAAGAUCGCCAUGCCGGCUGCCUUGGCUGUGUGCCGCUUAAACUGUAAAUUGCUGUAAAUUGAAAUUAUGUACUAGAGAUUAUUUUAGUUCAUGCGUCCUAUUGGAUUCUGUUUUAUAUUUUCCGUUUUUUAGAUUUUACAAUGUAUUGUCUUGUAUUUCAUAAUAAAAUUAAUCGUGUCAUUUGCA